UUCAGAAUCCUCAAUUACUACAUUUCAACAACCAAAUUACGAGCCAAUAAUACUUCCCAGCUUUGAUGUAUCAGAAUCACUUGUUGAAAACAACAACUUUAUUUCUACUUUUCCUCACCAAAUAUCACAACAACAACGACAACCUCUUCCACUACCACCACCACCACAACAAGACAUACUUUCAGAUUUUUCAAUUUUAGAAUAUGCAAAUAAAUAUUUUGGUGAACAUGGUAAUAAUAGUACAAAUUUUAUUGAAUUAUGAGAGAGGAGAGAAGAGAGGAAGGAAAGAAGAGAGAGGAAAGUGUGGAGACUUAAAAUUAUUUUUUUCUUUUCUUUCUUGUUUUAAUUUUACAAACACAGGUUUUUUUUGUUUUAACAUAAGUAUACUUAUAGCUAAAUUAUUUUAAUUUUAUUUAUUUUUAUAUUUUCUCAUGAAAUUUUUUUUUCAAUUUUUUUGAAUUUUAAUUUAAGAAGUCUUUUUAAAUUUUAAUUUUAUGGCAAAUUUUAGUUAAAAAGUUUAGUUGGUAAAGCUGUUGGUUUUUUUAUAGAAUUUAAUUCCUCUAACCCUCCCAUACAGAAAAAUGAGGGGUUGUUAAAUACCUACAAGGAAAAAAAUGUCCGCAAAAAAUUUGCG